GGAGCAAGUUGUCACGCUGACCGAUGGACUGACAUCACCCUUGAAGACCUCUUCUCGUACUUGUCUUUGCUCAUAUACAUGGGGAUGACAAAAAUGCAUUGCAUUACAGACUACUGGAGACAAGUCGAUCUGUACAACUUUCGUUUUCCCAGGUCUGUGAUGCCCUGCCUGAAGUUCCAGCUCAUCAACACGGCGAUACACAUGAGCGACCCUGACGACGAUGCCGCAAACAAGGCGCACAGAGGGACGCCCGAAUACGAUUGCCUGCACAAGCUCAAGCCCAUGUACACGGAGCUGCGGGAGGCUUGCAGGAACAACUUCCAUCCCUACCAGCACAUCGGUGUAGGUGAGAGAGAGGUGUGUAGCACAGUUCAGGACCCACAAAAUAAAUAUGGUUACAAAUGGUUUGUCCUCGGUGACUCCAGAUGCGGCUACAUGUGGGAUUUCCAUAUGAAUGAGGGGAGACCUGCGAUGGCGAGAGACGAAGGCCUCAGUUACGACUGUGUGAUGGAGCUGGUGUCCACCAAGGCUCUGGGCUCAGGAUAUAAACUGUAUGUUGUGGACGAUUUGAACAACAACAGCCCAGAACUCUUCAAGGACCUCCUGCAGCAAAAGGUCUGGGCCUGUGGGACCGUCAGGCCCAACUGCAAGGGCUUCCCUACAAACAGGCCCGGCUCGCUCGACAAGAAGUCUCCACGAGGCGCUAUCAGGUGGAUCCGGGAAGACCCCCUGUUGUUUGUGCAGUGGAGAGACAAAUACGAUGGGCACAUGUGCUCCACCAUGCACCAGGCCCACGCAGGGCAGACUAUCCAACGGAAGGUGAAGGGCGCCAAUGGGAUGUGGUCGACCCAGAACAUCCCGGUUCCGCCAGCAGUCAAAGACUACAUCAAACGCGGGGACGAGGCCGACCUCUCGGACGUCGUCACCCGCUACUACAAUCUCCCGGCCAUCAGCAGGAAGUGGUACCGAUCCCUGUUCUUCGACUUAAUAGACAUCGCAAUCGUCAACGCCUUCGUUCUGCACAGGGAGAUGAUUGCCCAGAGCAAGAAAGGGGAAACGCCCAAAACCCAGAAGGCCUUCCGGGAGGAGCUGGUGGAGCAGCUGGCGAAGGCUGGGUCACCCGCCACCCGGUUUGCCACCGCACCUCCCUCCUCCUCCUCCGCUCCCGUUGGCGGCAUGCACCUGCCAGUGUACCUUGGUGAAGAUGCCACCAGGGUGCGGAAGAGGUGCAUCGUGUGCCAACUGAAGACCCCCAUCUCGUGCCAGUCUUGUGACCUCCCGUUCUGCUUCGUCUCGGAUCGAAACUGCUACCACCAGUGGCACAUGCAGAACGUCACCUGAACUUCCCCCCCAGGGGACAAAGAGUGUGUUUCAAUAUGCAACCUUGCCUCCUCCGCUUGUGCUUGUCUCCUCGUCCCGUCUCCUGGUCCCUCCUCCGUGGAGAAAACGAUAAAGUUUCCCAGCUGUCAGCCUAGCCACAACAACUUUUGAGGGACUGUUUUUCAUUCACCAUCCUAAUUGCAAGUGAGAAAAAGACUCUACAAUUGAGCUUUUGCAAGAUAUUGAAAUAUAAGGCUGUUGUCAUUGAUGUCAUCAUGACACAUUACUUCCUGGUACGAGGGGACAAGCACAAGUGGAGGAGGCAAGGUCGCAUAUUGUAAUGCACUCAGACAUUCUACAGUGGUGUCUCUCAAUGGGGGCGGUACAGCUCCCCAGGGGGCGUUGAUGAGCCCUAGGGGGGGCGUUGAGAAGGAUACAGCUGAGAGGGGGUAUGGCUUAGUUCCCAUUGGGGGGCAUUGGUCUUUUGGUCUUUUGGUUCUACGGUGUUUUGUUCGGGGCUUGAACUCAACGUCCUAUGUCAAACUACUAGUCCUAACCAAUGACUGUGCAAGAGGUCUAGCUUUUUACAGAGCGCCCCGGCAAUCAAAACAGAUAUUUGGGAGCUGUGAUGGUGUAAAUGGGGCUUGUUUACUGUACGCUUGUCUGCAUGGUCUCGGCCCGAACUGCUACAUAGUCCUUUGCAUGACCGAGUGAGUUUUUUUUAUUAUUAUUUUUUUUUACUCGGAGGGACAAUGCAAGUGGAUUGCAAAUGGACAGUGAUUCUGAAGUGAAUAGCGAAGAAGAGAAGAAAGAAUAGCUGUGUGUUUUUGGAUCCUUGAAACAAUAACAACAAUUUUUGAAACUUUUUUUUUUAAAAUUGAAAAUCAAUGCUGUUUUCCUGCAAUGCAAAUGUAUUCCCCUGUACAGUGCACAUAAGGCCAUUCUUAAAAGUGCACUGUGUAUUAGGGUGGCAAGUGUAGAUAUUGCAACUACAGUAUGUUGCUUAUUAAAACUGUGCUGCCUACUGACAAAUUUGAUCUUUUCAUGAUAAUUUACUAAAUAAUAAACUAAUAGUUACUGGUAUAAGCGAAGUAUAGCAGUUUUUGCAGCUAGUGUCCAUAAAUGUCCAUUUGCAGCUAAAUAUCCAUUUCUGGAUAUCCAAAAUGGCCGACAAAUCCGUCCGUCAACAUGCCUACACAGGUUACACCCGGGGCCAUUUGAUCUGAUAAAAGCACACACCCACGCAUUGCCUUUUACAGACCAUGUAACACACCCAAGCAUUGCAUUUCACAGACCAUGUGUUAGCAUGUCUAACUAAGCUAUAUGCUGUUGUUGGCGCUACAACAAUCGGAAAUCAGUCAAUCCAAAUAAGCAUUGGUUUUCCAACUUCAAUGUCAUUACUGAUCUGUGCCAUAACUCAUUUUCCUUCACCCUAUACAUUUAACUUGACAAAGAAGCUUGAAUGUGAUAUGACCAAUGCCAGCCGAACAAGGGCCAACUAGGAGCGGAGCUAUAGGGAGGGCGAUCAGGGUAUUUGGCCCAGGGCACUCUUUUAUUGGUGAUGGGGGCCCUGUUGUGACCUUGGCAGGCUGUAUGGGGGGGGCUUUAAGUAUUUUGACCUGGGGCCCUGUGAGCAAUUGUUCCGCCACUGGUGCCAACUAACCUUUUAUUGUUAUUAAAAUAGCCCACUGUGUUGUUGAGCAUAUAUUCUGUUAAAUGUUAACUUCAGCCAAUUUCAAUAUGCAUUUGUAAUGCUCACACUACCCUGGACUUGACAGUAUGUGAGUUUUUUUUUUUCUUCUUCUUCAGGCUUUUUCGAGAUCCUGGUCAUUGUAAUGGGGGCAGGUGUUUGUUUACAUUUUGAAAAAAAAACACACACAUCUUGAUUUAUUUCCAAAAACAUCCAAAAGGUUAUGCAACAUCAGCAGGCAAACAGUGCCACCUUUUGGGAAAAUAUUUGGAGGAGGCCUAUGUUAAGAAUACUCUAAAUGUAAACAAAAUAUGCCCCCAUUAGAAUAGCUCAGAUCUCGGAAAGGUUCUGAGCCAAAAAAAUGAAGCAUCACCAGGUACUGACAAGUCAAGGGUAGUGCGAGCAAUACAACAGCAUAUUGAAAUUGGCAGAAGUGGUCCUUUUAAAUGUCUGCACUGAAGUGAGUGGUUUCAAUCUCUUUGUGAAUGUGUAUCAUUGAAGUUAUACAGCACAUGUGGAUGAUGACAAUUAAAGACAUUAUGUUCUCUACAAUCCAAA